AUGGGAUGGCUAGAUUUUUCAUCAAAAUCCAAGAAGGAAGAAAAAAAUGCCACUCGGUCCUCCUUCUCAUGGGGCGAUAAUCUCAAUGCGACGGACUGGCAGCAUUACACGGAUCCGCGAACUUUGAUACCGACCAUUUUGUUGACCACUACCAUUUUGGUUUCCACGCGCUUCUAUCGCUCCUAUUUACGUCGCAUUCCCGAAGCUACGUACAUUCGACCCGGAUUCUUCAGGAAGAGGAGUUUAUUUGGCACGGUCACGAGAGUGGGCGAUGCGGAUAAUUUUCACCUGUUCCACACGCCUGGUGGGAGACUGGCAGGCUGGGGAUGGAUGCCCGGCCGCAAGAAGUUACCCGAGGGAAAGGAUUUGAAGAACAAGACGAUCCACGUUCGAAUCGCCGGCGUCGACGCACCCGAAGGGGCGCAUUUUGGGAAAACGGCGCAGCCCUUUUCCGGCGAAGCGCUGAUCUGGCUGCGGGAGUAUAUUCAAAAUCGGCGGGUGCGCGCGUACAUCUAUAAACGCGACCAGUAUGAUCGGGUGGUGGCUACGGUGUGGGUGCGGCGAUUUCUCGUGCGCAAGGAUGUGGGAAGGGAGAUGUUGAGGGCGGGCAUGGCUACGGUGUAUGAGGCGAAGAUGGGAGCGGAAUUUGGAGACUUUGAGGCACAGUAUCGGGCGAUUGAAGAAGAGGCCAAGAGGAAGAAAUUGGGUAUGUGGUCGGGGAAGAAAAAGGAUUACGAAAGCCCGAGAGAUUACAAGACCCGCACGGCGAAUGCAGCGAAUAUGAUGAAAUGA